AUGUCUCAUCCUUUAGCACAUGAAACUAAUUUAGUAACAGUGUAUGGUUGUCUUCGUUCACCACAUCAUGGCAUUAGUAUUUCCAUGGAAUAUGUCAGUAAAUCGUUACUUACUGCUGCUUUCGCUAAUAACUCAACGAUUGCCAGUAAUUUAUCUAUUCGAGAACGUUUACACAUUGCGUUGGGAAUGACCAAAGGUCUGAAUGAGAUGCACUUAGUUCAGCUUACUCAUCGUGAUUUCAAACCAGAAAAUGUACUUCUUUCUCGAUUGUUCAACGGUAAUUACAUGCCAAAAGUAGCUGAUUUUGGCGUCAGCUUUCAGUUAAUUAUCACUUCAGCUAAGCUCGCCAAAAAGUCGAGAGAUACUGCUGAUUAUGAUGCACCAGAAGUGGCUGUAGAUAAUAAAAUACCAUCUGUAAAUUCACAUAUUUAUGCUUUAGUCUUUACUCUCUCUGAACUAUUGCCAGCCUAA